UCACCAUAGAAACGAGUGUCCACACGCGUUUACUUUAACAAUUGCAGACAUAUUAAGUUGCUUUCAUUUUUUAUUGUAUUGCAAACGGUAGUGUCUAUAUGUAGAGCUAUCAGGAGCUAUAUCGUUCGGAACUAGGUUUAUUUUUAAGGCAGAUACACGUAGUUAAGCAAAAGUUAAAUAAUAAGUUAAUUCAUAUUUCAAUGUAUGAAUAGUUGGGUGUACAACACAAAAGGGACAGUAUUCAUACGAAUUAUAAUAACAGGAUAUUCAUCACUGAAAACAAUGGAUGAGGAUAGACUUUUAACGGCAUCACUGAAAGAAGAGGAAAGUUAUGAGGAUGAAGACGUCAAUCUGGACCGUGGCGACAAUACUGAAAAAGCUAUAGAGCACUAUACAUCUGAACAAAUUAAGAGGGCAGUCGAAGACAUUGAACACACUCCUUCAGCCACGUUGGAUUUAAGUAGAAAGGGCCUUCAGCAUGUAGAUGACCUAUUUAAUAUUUCAAGAAUCGAAAAUUUAUACCUCGAAGGAAAUGAGAUAUCCAGUCUACCAGAUCACUUCUUUUCUGAAAUGGCCAACUUGGUUUGGCUGGAUCUGCGAAAUAACAAAAUCAGUUGCCUGCCACCAGGAAUUGGUCGACACCGCUGCCUGAACACCUUACUUUUGGAAGGGAAUCCCAUUAAAGAACUUCCUAUAGAACUGGGUAAUUUGAUUACACUAAGAGCUUUGAGCUUGAGACAAUGUCCUAUUGAGUUCCCUCCUGAAGACAUUGUACAUCAAGGACUGCAAGCUAUUCUUAAAUUUCUAAGAAGCACCAUGGCAGGAAAACCUAUUUAUACAAGAAACUCCUGUCAAGAGAUGCCACCGAUUGAAAAACUGAAGCUGACAGACUUGGUGAAAUCAAGUUUAGAAUUGUCAGAGGAGUGGCCUAAUGAUGAAGAAAUGAAAAGAUUUGAAAAACUGAGGAAGGAGAUGAUGCAAGCUGAUGAGGCUGAUAUGGGGGAUACGGACCAAUCCUUUCAACUUGUACCAUCUAUAGACCGAGCAGUUUUGACAAGCAAAGGCGCCAGAAAAACCAUUAUUGCCAGAUUACCAAAAAGGAAACAGGUUCCACUAAAGUAUACCUUUCCAGAACUUCCACCUUAUUAUAAUCAAAGUCGUACAACAGCACAGGAACGUAGAUUAUUAGCACUAAAGGAUCUAAAGGAAAAGCAAGCAUUAAUUGAGCAACGAAGAAAAGAUCAAGAGCUGCUGAAGGAAUGGAGAGAACAUUCAAAAUGCAUGCAAGAGAAAGGGGAAAUGGAGUUCAGGCAAGGUGGUACGGCCCUUGCAAAAAGUGACGAGGUUCUAAAAAACACUCCAUAUGCAACGGAUCCAGACUUUUAUCGUAUGUUAGACAGUCGAGAAUGCAUCAAACAAGGUUCACAUGAAGAACAUGUCCGCGUUAAGAAACUCCUUACUAGGAAAUCUUUCAAGGAAAUUGAAGAUGCAAGAGCUGCCCGCGAUAGAGAAUUAGAGUAUCGGAUUAGAGCACACAUCCAGAUGAUGCAAGAAAGAAGGAGGAAAUCAAAAGGAACAGUCCAAGAGGAAAUAGAUGCAACAAGAACAGAAAUGGAAGCUGCUCAAAAGCUGCAGUCUGAAGUUGUUCAAAGAAAACUGGAAAGAGACGUUCCACUGGAGUAUCGUUUUACUGCUUUUACUGGCGAGCAAUCCUCAUGAAAUUUAACAGCUGACAUCCUUGUGUUUUCUAAUGCAAAAUUCUCAUAAACUGCCAUUUUAUUGUUUGUGUAAAAGAAUGUCUGUUUCUUGUUAUAAUUAAAGAUACCAGACCAGUUUUAUGUUAUUUUUUUGUUACCUAUGAUGAAAUCAAUAAAUAUAUAU